GGGCAAUGUUCCAUGGGGUCCAAGAUAUGAUACAUUAUUUCUGCUCUCGACUGAGCUUUCGUGGUUUCCAGGCCCCACCUGGGUUGUAUGAUUGCUUGGCCGCAAGGUUCUGAGUGGUACAAACUUGCUAAGACGACGGAUGCAGACUGUACUCCUGUGUUUGACAACAACGAACUUGUAGAGAGCUUCUACUAGAUUGAGCCGAACAGUCACAGAACCCCCACGAAGGUAUAUGUUUCCAAACCAGUGCUUGCUGUCAGUUGGUUUUACUAAGAGACCUGGGGGAUAGCAGUCGUUCAAAGAUCAUGACGUAGCAAUCAAGAUACCCGUCAAACAUGUUUCGAGGACGUGCACCUGUCGCUUCUUUGGCCGGGUCGCGACAACAACUCCAGGAUUAUUAUACCAUUUCAUGGCUGCGCUGCGUGUCUUUCUGGCGGAACUCCGCAGUGGGCGUCGCGCGGGUGCCCGCCGAGGGGAGGGAAGUGUCUACUCAGCACGGGGUAGCUGUGGAUGUGGCGGCUAGCCGUUCCCGACAAGAUGAAGAUGGACUGCCAAGGCUCUGCCAGCUGACAUAUCACGAUGUUGCUUAUCGGCGAGCAACUGGAUAUUCGUCUCUUCCUGAAGAAGCAUCAAUCGCUUCCCACGCCUUGGGCUGUCAAGUUGGCAACAGCCCAUGCAGUUGUCUCACUUCAGGCCGAGUGGGCAGGGCACAGCAGGCAGGGUGCGUUCUAGAAGGAGACAGGACCUCAUGGGCCAUGUUUCCCGUGCAUCCUCCAUUGCGCAAUAAGCCUUUCGAAAUUCGAGCAUGUACGAAGUUGAGCAGGCGAUGCAUUUCCUUUCAAGCACUCAAGGAGGUCCGUUAGUCUGCCAUGCUGACUGACGACGGGUGGUGGCUUUCGUGUCCCAUCGCUUUGCGGCGCAGGCGCGCAAGGGAGAGUGUCCGCGCAUUGUCGCCUCGCGAUGUGCCCUUGCCCUGGCGUUGGGGCUUUGUCAAGCACUGCGCCAGACAUACACACACACAAGACAUUGCGA